AUGCAGAAACAUAACUUACGUGACACCCAUUAUUAUUUCAAAGUAAAAAAUUUCUUUGAUCCAUAUAUAAAACAAAAUGCACCAAAACAUUUACAACAUGUAUGGUUUUCUUCUCCGGGUUUUGCAUUUUAUGGUGUUCAACGUGAAUUAUUUGUUGGUUCUUAUUCAUCUCUAAUUGCAUCACUUGGUAUUGCUUUAUUUGUACUUUUUCUUACAUCAGGCAAUUUAUUUAUUGCAGUUUAUGCUUUAAUUACAAUUACUUUUGUUAUUGCUGUUAGUGUUGCAAUAUUUGCUGCAUUAAAAUGGGAAUUAGGAAUAGUUGAAGCUAUUAUUGUUAUUAUGUCUGUUAGUCUUUCAGUAGAUUUUGUUGUUCAUUUUGGUGUUGGCUAUAUUCAUACAGAUUCAGCAGAUAUUGAUCAUGAACGAAAAAAAAUAAAACAACAUUAUUUAUCAUCAAUAUCAACACCAACAGAACCUCCUGAUAAUAUGGAAAUACGAAUUCCUCGUAAAAUGAGUACUUAUCAUUUAAUAUAUAAACAACAACAAAUCGAACGUGAAACACGUGUAACAGAAUCAAUAUCUCGUGUUGGUUCAGCUGUUUUUAUGGCGGCAUUUACAACAUUUGCAGCUAGAUUUUCAAUGACAUUAUCAUCGCUUACUGCAUUUCGACAAAUGGGACAAUUUUUAAUGACAAUUAUGCUUACAUCAUGGGUAUUUUCAAUGUUUUUCUUUUUACCAUUAUGUGCUUAA